AUGGCCGAAAGAUUGUUAACAGACUUUCUUUGCUGCCGUGUCUGCUCUGAGAUUUUCAAAGAGCCCGUGUCUCUUCGCUGUAACCACAGCUUCUGUAGGACCUGUGUUCAUCAGUUCUGGGAGAAGACAAAGAGCAGGAACUGCCCCAUCUGUAAGAGGAGUUUGUCUAUGGAGGAACCUGCAGUGAAUGUAAGUCUGAAGGAGCUGGCAGACUCUUACACUGGUAGAAAGAAAGCUGGUCUAGCUGAAAGGAAGGAGAUAAUCUGCAGUAAACAUACAGAGAGGCCCAGGUGGUUCUGUGUGGAUGAGGGGACAGCUGUGUGUUCUCUCUGUGUGUCCUUCACACAUCACUCUGGUCACAAAGUCAUCCCUGUAGAAGAGGCCAUGUCAGAUCUAAAGGAAAAGAUGAAAACAAACAUCAAACCUAUACAGGAUCAGCUGGAAAAAUGUGAAAAAAUCAAAAGCCAGUAUGAGGAAAUGGUGCAACAUACAAAGAAACAACUGGUAGCAACAGAGAGGCAGAUAAAGGCAGAGUUUCAGAAGCUCCACCGGUUCCUGCAACGUGAGGAGGAGGCCAGACUAGCUGCACUGAGGGAGGAAGAGGAGCAGAAGGGGAAGACUAUGAGUGAAAAGCUGAAGAUCAUUCAGGAGCAGAUCUCCUCUCUCUCAGACAGAAUCAGUGCAGUGGAACAGGAGCUGAAGGAAGAGGAUAUAGCAUUCCUCAAGAACUACAAGCAGACUUCAGUGAGAGCCCAGUGCACACUGCAGGAUCCAGAGCUGCUUUCAGGGGCGCUGAUAGAUGUGGCCAAACACCUGGGCAAUCUGAGGUUCAGAGUCUGGGAGAAGAUGCUGGGGAUGGUGCAGUACACUCCUGUGGCUCUAAACCCCAACACUGCAGCCCCCUGGCUCUGUCUGUCUGAUGAUCUGACCAGUGUGAGAAACACUGGAGUUAAACAGCAGCUUCCUGACAACCCAGAGAGGUUUGAUUACUGUGUGAUGGUAUUGGGUUCUGAGGGGUUUAUCUCAGGAAAACACAGCUGGGAGGUGAAGGUGGGGAACAAACCUGAGUGGUCUAUAGGAGUGGCUGAAGGGUCCAUCAACAGGAAGGGGAACAUUUAUUUACAUCCUGAUCUAGGAUUCUGGACUGUAAAUCUGCGAUCUGGUAAUAAGUACAGUGCAGGAACCAGACCAUGGAAACGCCUCACACUGAAGAGGAAACCCCAGAGGAUCAGAGUGCAGCUGGACUAUGAAAAGGGGGAGGUGUCCUUCUACGACCCCAGUGACAUGUCACACAUCUACACUUUCAAAGACACAUUUACUGAGAGUCUCUUCCCAUAUUUCAAUCCUGGUGUAAAUGUAGAUGGCAGUAACCCUGGAGCCCUGCAGAUCUGCCCAUUGAAGGUGUAACGUGGGAGCAGGAGGAAUCCAAUUGCAGAGACCACACAGCAGCACAGAUGGGCUGUGAAGAAACAAAGUAACGUUGACUGGAGAC